GUGUAUAUACAGGUCCAUUCGGCCUGUAUAGGUCAGUUGGAGGAGAGAGAGGCUAACAAGAGGGUGUGCACCCACCGUGACCUUUGGCACCUGGUCCUGGCGCCGCGAGCCGUGACACACCGCCAGUCGGUGAAGAGUCACGUGGAGCAGGAGAGGGAGGAGGAGGCAGUGGAUGGUGAGGCCCUGUCCCCCACGCCUGCUGACGGGCCCGAAGAAGAAGAGGAGGAAGAAGAUGAGUACGGAAGUAAGGGGCGCCCCAUCAUCAUCAUCGAUGGCAGCGGAGGACAGACUGACUUCAAGAAAUGGCGGAACACGACAGUCCAUCCCACACACAUCGGGAAGAAAGUCACUGCCAGCGAGCUCCUGGUCAUAUCUCUCAGAAAGUGCGGUAUAUCCGACCCACCAACCAACUACUACCUGGCAGAGGUAGUGGACGCAGCCAGAAACGAGAGAGAACUGCAGCCUUCCGAGUGUCUGUAUGACCUGAAACAGAUUGGAUACUACGGACCACUGAAGCUGUACAUUAGAGCCAGGUCUGCCAGUGACUCAGUCCGAGGUGUCCUGAAGGUCAACAACGGUCAGUUGGAGAGCCCCAUAUCACACGUGUCUGUCAACGUCACCAACGUCAUGCCAGCCUCUGAGAUUGUUGCCAAGGCACUCAUCUCCUUUGACCUCGUGGUAAGAACACUAUAUACGUAUGUACAGUAGAGCUGGAAAUGUGUACAAAAGGUCAUUUUCCUACUUAUCUUUGCUGGCAGUAAAACUUGCCAAGAUGGGGUCGGGGAUAGCGAGAUAUAGAGGAUAGAACUUAUCAAUUUUCGUAAAGUAAUGUCUAUGACGUGCAAAGAAAUGGCGCGUGCUAAUCUUUCUGUUAAUAAUUAUGCCAACCCUU